AUGGCCAAAUUACGCUCUAUUGUCGGCAUAGCCUCAUUAGGCCUUGCGACACAUGCUGCUGCCGCGCUUGACGGCAGCCGGUAUCUCUGGUACACGAAGCCAACGACCGAGUGGGAACAGGGAGCACUUCCCAUCGGAAAUGGUCGUCUCGGAGGCACCGUCUGGGGCGGCGCAAACGAGACUCUCACCAUCAACGAAAAUUCCAUCUGGUCUGGCCCGAUUCAAGACCGCACUCCUCCCAAUGCCUUGGCGGCUCUUCCUGUCGCGCGCGAGUUAUUUCUUUCGGGCAAGAUCACCGAAGGCGGCGAACUUGUGUUGAGAGAGAUGACACCGGCGGAGAAGUCCGAACGUCAGUUUGGUUACUUUGGCAAUUUGGAUCUUGACUUUGGACACUCAGGCGAUUUGGAGAACUACGUGAGAUGGCUUGAUACCAGACAGGGUAAUUCGGGCUUAUCUUACAGCUAUGAUGGUGUAAACUACACCCGGGAGUUCAUUGCAAGCUAUCCAGCUGGUGUACUUGCUGCUCGGUUUUCUUCCAGCGAGGAUGGUUCCCUCAGCUUGAAGGCCAGCUUCAGCCGACUGGCCAAUAUCUUGGUCAACGUCGGAUCCACGGCCGGUGGGGUGAAUUCGAUCACGAUGAUGGGAUCCAGUGGACAGCCUCUUGACGAGAAUCCGAUCUUGUUUACUGGUCAAGCUCGUUUUGUUGCCCCUGGUGCUGAGCUCAAAGCCGACGGUCCUGUUCUCAGUAUCACAGGAGCCACAACCAUUGAUGUCUUCUUUGACGCUGAGACCAAUUACCGCUUUUCAUCUCAAGAAGAAUGGGAGGCUGAGAUCGACCGGAAACUUGAUGCAGCGGUUGGAAAAGGGUACUCCGACCUGAGAGAUGAAGCCCUGAAGGAUUCGAGCAGUCUCCUUGAGCGAGCUUCCCUCGACCUCGGCAAAUCGCCCAAUGGCCUUGCUUCGCUCCCAACAGAUGAACGAGUGGCGCUUGCCCGAAACGACAGCAGUGAUAUUGAGCUUUCUACUCUUGCCUGGAAUCUUGGUCGCCAUAUGCUGGUUGGAGCAUCACGAAACACGGAGGCCGGCGUUGAUAUGCCCGCCAAUCUCCAAGGAAUUUGGAACAACAAGACCACAGCAGCAUGGGGCGGCAAGUACACCAUCAACAUCAACACGGAGAUGAACUAUUGGUCUGCUGGACCAACGAACCUCAUCGAGACCCAGGAGCCCUUGUUCGACCUGAUGAAAGUCGCCAACCCGCGAGGCAAGCAGAUGGCCAAGGACAUGUACGGAUGCGACGGCACAAUGUUCCACCACAACCUGGAUCUUUGGGGUGACCCGGGUGCGACUGACAACUACACCUCAUCUACCAUGUGGCCUAUGGGUGCAGCGUGGCUUGUUCAGCACAUGGUGGACCACUAUCGCUUCACAGGAGACAAAAAGUUUCUAGCCGAUGUCGCUUAUCCCUAUCUCAUCAACGUCGCCACCUUCUACGAAUGUUACACAUUCGAGCAUGAGGGCUACAGGAUCACUGGACCUUCCCUCUCGCCCGAGAAUACGUUCGUUGUCCCAACUAACUUUAGUGUGGCUGGACGCGCAGAGCCCAUGGACGUUGACAUCCCUAUGGAUAAUCAGCUCAUGUAUGACGUCUUCAGCGCCAUCAUUGAAGCGGCCGGUGUUCUCGACAUUCCAGACACAGACUCGGAUCUGAAGAAAGCAAAAGAGUUUAUCCCAUUCAUCAAGCCUGCUCAAAUUGGUUCCCAGGGCCAGAUCCUCGAAUGGAGAUACGAAUACAAAGAAAAAGCACCCAGUCACCGGCAUAUUUCCCCGCUCUAUGCGCUACAUCCCGGCAAGGAGUUCUCUCCUCUUGUAAAUGAGACGCUCAGCAAAGCUGCAGAAGUACUUCUCGAUCGUCGAAGAGAUUCAGGCUCUGGGACUACUGGCUGGAGCCGAACCUGGAUGAUCAACAUGUACGCACGAGCGUUCCGCGGUGCCGAUGCAUGGGAGCAAGUAAAGGGAUGGUUUGCAACGUUCCCCACAGCCAAUCUGUGGAACACGGACAAAGGCUCGACGUUCCAGAUUGAUGGCAACUUUGGAUUCACCAGUGGUAUCACUGAGAUGCUUCUCCAGAGUCACGCCGAUGUGGUGCAUAUCCUGCCUGCGCUGCCGGCUGAAGCAGUUCCUACCGGCAAAGCCGAGGGGUUUGUGGCCCGAGGCAAUUUCGUGGUUGACAUUGAAUGGGUAGAUGGGGCCUUCAAGGAGGCCAAGGUUGUCUCUAGAAUUGGAGGGCAGCUAAAGCUUCGAGUGGCCGAUGGCGAGAGUAUCUUGGUCGAUGGAAAGGAGUACACCGAUGGGGUCGAAACAAGUGAGGGCCAGAUACUCAUCGUAACGUCUGUUUAA